CGCUUCUCUUUAUUAUUGCCUUGCCUGCCAUGUCAGUAAAACCAUUAUGUCCUAACCGAAUUGCUACAGAACGAUUGUCCCACUGGACGAUCCGGUUACGGAUGUCUUCGUGUUGUACCCGGUGACUAUUCGGGAGCUCCCAACGGUGGUGAUCAGCAACAGUCGGGUGAUGGUCAACAACAGCAACCUGGCGACGGCCAACAACAACCUACUGACGGCCAACAACAACCUGACGACGGCCAACAGCAGCCUACAGAUGGCCAACAACAACCUACUGACGGCCAACAGCAGCCUACGGAUGGUCAACAGCAGCCUACGGAUGGUCAACAGCAGCCUACGGAUGGUCAACAGCAGCCUACGGAUGGUCAACAGCAGCCAACUACUGGCCAGGAACAGCCGGGAGCUGGAGGUGACCAACAACAGCAGGCUAGUGAUCCAUCCGGACAAUCGUCCCCUGGAGACCAAUCGCAAGUGCAACCUCAAGUUCAGUCUCAGGUUCAAUCUACUUCUCCCGCCGAAAUCCAGUCUUCGCAUCCCAAUACUGCGUUUGCUAGCGUGUUGGACGGUAUGGAUCAGCCUGGUUUUGACAACAACAGCAGCAGCAACAACCAGUCCUCGGCUUCUUCCAGCAAGCAGAACAUCAUGGACAGUUUCCCAGCCGAAAUCCAAUCCUUGGAAACUCAGUUAUCGUCUCCGCAAGCUAAUCUGGAACAGGUCAAGUCGCAAUGGACCUCGUUUACUGAUGGUCUUGCCAAGCAAUUCCCUUCCGCUGCUUCGGCUCUUGACAAGUUGAAGCAUUAUCCCGAUGAUUAUUCUACUGCUGAUGAGUGGAACCAGUUCCUCUCCAGUUUGAAAACGAAAGUGACCAACACUACUGACCAAUCCUCAUCUGGAGCCUCUUCUGCCUCAUCGUUGCCUUCAGCGUCUUUGCCUCCCACGGCUUCGGACGCUAAUCAAUAUCAGGCAACAUGGUGAUCACGGCCACACCGCUUUUUCUCUCUCUCUCUCUCUCUCUCUCUCUUUGCUCUAAAAAUAAAAACGGAAUUAUCAUAAUCAGCUGUUUUGAAUCUCAU